AUGGCAGACACUGAGGAUAAUCGGCAACGACAGCAGGACGAGAUCCUAGCUCUAGUAGCAAUUUUUGGCGAUGAAGCAGUCAAAACAAGCGAAAUCACAGGCGACAGCUCGUUUGAACUUUAUGUGCCUCUCGACAUUUUGGAGGCCCAGGCCGAUAUACGCUUCCAUUUACCAGCAACAUAUCCGUCAGAGGACCCGCCGGUGUUUGAAUGGCUUGCAUCACACGAUCUACGGAGCCAGUCCAAAGACAAAAAGCCUGGAUAUGUGUAUCCAGAGCGGCAGCUGUCGCUGACCGCUGGCAUGCGUGAGGAUGUCGCGGCAGAGCUACGGCGCAUCUGGGACGAAGACCUGGGCAAGGACGUUGUGGUGUUUUCAUGGGCAUCCUGGCUGCCGGAAUACCUGGAGGCGCACUGGCCACAUCCGCUAGAUCCGAUCCCCCUGCCUUCCGACAACCAAGCAACCAAGAAUUCGCCUCAGCCUGAUCUUGGUGGCAGCACGGCAGGCGAAAUGGCACAAAUGAGCACAAAAUCCCAGUACGCAGGGCCAGAGAUCUACACGGGACUGCCGCUGGAGAUGAAAAAGAGUGUAUUUGUCGCGCACAUCGCUAGCGUCACCAGCAGCGAGGAUGUGGUAAUGGUGCGCGACCGUCUGCUCGAAGACAAGCGAAUUGCGCAGGCAACACACAACAUUCUAGCAUACAGAAUCCGUCUGGAGAACGGCUCGAUCUGCCAAGACAACGACGAUGACGGCGAGACGGCUGCUGGGAAAAGACUUGGGCAUCUGCUGCAGCUGCUUGAAGCUGAGGAUGUCAUGGUUGUCGUUACCCGGUGGUUUGGUGGCACGCACCUGGGGCCUGACCGGUUCAAACUUAUAAACAAUGCUGCGCGGCAAGCAUUGGAGGACGGCGGGUUCCUAACCACAAAGGAUGGGGCAAGCAAGGCACAGUCGAAGAAGGGAAAGAAGAAUUAG